AUGUCACUUGACCUUUCCGACCUACCAGCACUAUCUCAACCCUCGCCUCCAAGCAAUACAUUGCUCAUCACCAACCUCCAAGACCCCUCCAUCUUCGUCUCGGCCACCCUCCAAAGCAUCCAAACCAGCAUCAACGACCAUGCAACCCUCUACUCCUUCAGUCCACUCAAAAGCAUGCGCCGCAUAAUCUGCACCUUCUACAGCAUAGAAGACGCCGUUGCGAUCCGACAGGUUUUAGACGGGGAGACCGUUCUAGAUUGUAGAGUACGAGUGUACUUCGGCCAGAACGUCAAGAUCGAUCAGGCAGAGGAGGAGCGAUAUCUCCAAGCCCCGAAGAGCUCGAAACUCUUCUUUAUCUCCCCUCCCCCAAGUCCACCAAUGGGAUGGGAAAUGCGGGACGAGGAGCCCCCAAACAAGGACGUUCACGCGGAGGAUUUGGCCGAGGCAUUGAGUAAACUGCAUGCGAGGCCGGCAGCAGACGACGCUCUGAAAGAUGAGGUCGUGGCACAGAAAUCAUCGUCAAAGACACCGCCGAGGAUAUCUACACGGCAGCGGUCGGGGACGGGGACGCUGUUGUAUGAUCCGCAGGAUCAUGGACAUAGUCCUGAUUUGCCGGCGAUUGCGGUGGAGGAUACUACGGUAGAGCAGGAGAGCCCGGGUGAUGUGAGUCCGAUGGAGGGGGUGGAGAAGAAGGCUUUUGUGCAUACUUCCCGGCCUCCGGUUGAGCUCAUGGAGGCGUAG